CCACUUCCUGUGACGGGCUGCGUCACUUCCGCUCGAGUUUGGCGUUUCGUCUGUGAGAGCUCAAGCGGUUUCAACAUGCGUAUUGAGAAGUGUUAUUUCUGUUCGGGGCCCAUUUACCCCGGCCACGGCAUGAUGUUUGUCCGCAACGAUUGCAAGGUGUUCAGAUUCUGUAAAUCCAAGUGUCAUAAAAACUUUAAAAAGAAGCGCAAUCCUCGCAAGGUCAGGUGGACUAAAGCAUUCCGUAAAGCAGCUGGUAAAGAGCUUACAGUGGAUAAUUCAUUUGAAUUUGAAAAACGUAGAAAUGAACCUGUUAAAUACCAGCGAGAGCUAUGGAAUAAAACUAUUGAUGCAAUGAAGAGAGUUGAAGAGAUCAAACAGAAACGCCAAGCUAAAUUUAUAAUGAACAGAUUAAAGAAAAAUAAAGAAUUACAGAAAGUUCAGGACAUCAAAGAAGUCAAGCAAAACAUUCAUCUUAUCCGGGCCCCUCUUGCCGGCAAAGGAAAGCAACUGGAAGAAAAAAUGGUGCAGAAAUUACAACAGGAUGUGGACAUGGAAGAUAUUUCUUAAAGAUCUCACUAUUUCUAUAAGUGCAUUUGAAAAUCUCCUUAGGAGACCAAGAACUUCUAAAUGAUCUUUUAUAUUUUACAUAAGGUCACUCAAAUGAAAGGUAUUUAAAAAUACAUCUCUUCUACGUUGUUCAUUGCUGUCUGUAAAAUAUCAGAUAUUAUGGAUGUUAGAUUGCAUUUCCAUUGUUAAACCUUCACUGAUACUUACAUUUAUGUAAGUCAUGCAACUUCUCUUUGUAAAUACAGAAGUGAAGUGUAGGCAUAAAAUGUUCCUGCCAUUUGGGUAAUGUCACUAUGCAGUAUUUAUGGAAGAACUAAUGACAAAAAUAUAUUUUACAUAUCCCUAGCCAUAAAUUUUCUUUGCAGUAAAAUAUUAAUUUUACUUUAUUAAUAUUAUAGAGGGGGUCUUAAAACAAGGAACUAAAACAACCUGUGUGUAGGAUAAUUAGCCUUAAGUAAUCUUUUAUUUUGAUUUCAGUAUUUGUUUUGGUUUCUUAGAAGAGUAUAUGAAGCCUAAUUAUGUUGGAGGUGAGAGCUGAAUAGCUUUUUCCUGAAAUGGUACUCUAUACUUUCAUUUUGGAGAACACUCAAUUCUGAGAUUCCUGAUAGAACCAGAUUUUUUUUUCCAGCUUAGCAGUGGUUUAAAAGUUGAAGAAUCCCACUGCCUUUUAGGAUGUUGUGUGGUUCCAUUUAAAAAGCUCCUAAUUGUUUUUGGAUAAUAGAAUUUACGGUUUUUGUGUCACAAAUUAUUUGGACCUAAGUUCAUAUUUUUUGUUUAAAAGCUACCAAAAACUAUUCAUUAGCAGGAAGAAAACAACUCCCACAUACUACUGAAGUAGGAAAUACAAUUAAAGAAAAAUAUAUACUGAAUAAUGUUUUUAUAUUUCUACAUUUUUUGCAACUUUAAGGAUAUUAAGUAACUCACUUCACAUUUUUAAGCACAGAACUUGGAAUAAAUUAUAAUCCUAGGGUUAUAAAAUUAUAAAGUAAUGGCUAAAUUUUUACUUCAGUAUUAGUGAAAAAGUGAUCACUGGACAAAGUGUUCAGGACAAAGAUCUGAAUUCCAGUGUGAUUUUUGCCCUUGUGUUCUUAUUUGUUAAAUAUGGGUCAUUGGUAGACAACAUUACUGAUAAAACAAUUAGGGGAAAUGA